AUGCCACCACGCGCGCGCGCAAAGCCUGCAACAGGCCUUGCUGGACUCGUGGCUUCAGAUUCAGAACCCGAUCUAGACAUGUUUGAUCAAUCUGAGCUUCAAGCAGUUGUGCGCACCAUGAGUACAACAAAGAAGCCCCGCGGUCGACCACCAGGAACGGCCAGCAAGGUAAUCAAAACAGCACCUCGAACGACGCGUCGAAACAGCACCGAUAAGCUCGCCUAUGUACCUGAAGUAAUUGCGCAACCCGCUGCCACGAGCAAAAUCAAUGAUGGUGCCACGAAAAGAGGCCGCAAGACCAAACAACUCGCCCCAGAUGAAACGGUCACAUUUGAAGAUAUUGGAGUUCCUCCAAGUGUUCCCGCGACUGAGACGAAAAGGGGGCUGCGCGGGCGCCCAAAGAAACUGAACGGCGAGCCCUCAAUACUUGCUCCUGAAAGUGCUGUUAAGCGACGUGGUCGACCCCCGCGACAACCAACCACACCCAUUGAAGAGAUCCCGGAGACACAAGCAGAAGAAGUUAUGGAACUUGACGCCGUACCGGAAGAAGACGAAGAUCGCGACUCUGUUACAGGAACGGCUGAGCCCUUGGAGUCAUGGUCUAGCUAUGGUACCAGUGACGCCGCAUUACGGAGAAGGCUGGGGGAACUCACCAAGAAGUACGAGGCUCUCGAGAUGCGCCAUCGGGAUCUACGUGAGGUUGGCAUUCGAGAAGCCGAGCGGAAUUUCGAUCGACUUAAGAAACAAGCUGAAGAGCGAACCAUGGCUGCUACGCAGCUUAUAUCUGAGCUUAAGGUCGAGCUUGCUGCACAGACUGCCCUGGCGAAGGAGGGUGAAGAGCUUCGAAAGCAACUGGAAGCUAGCGAGGUCAAGGCUGAGAAUCUGGAGGGCAACAUUGAGACCCUGAACAGUUCUUUAUCCGAAGCCGAGGCAGAAAUCAAAACUCUUUCAAAUAAAUUGGCCGCUGUGAGAUCGGGAAAUGCCAACACCAGAGUUCCAGGAAGCGCUAUCAAAGCCUCGGGGCCGGCCAAUCGCACAGCACAGGCGGAGGCUGCACACGCUGCACAAGCCAUUGCACAAGCGAAGGAAAACCUAUACGCAGAUAUGACAGGUUUGAUCAUGCGUGGUGUAAAGCAAGAAGAAAUAGGAGACACCUUCGAUUGCAUACAGACUGGGCGCAAUGGGACCCUUCAUUUCAAACUCACAGUUGACAACGACGAUACUUCAGACAACAUCGAGGAUGUGCAAUUCACAUAUCAACCACAGCUAGACGCUGGACGUGACAUGGAGCUGAUGGAAAUGCUUCCAGACUAUCUCACAGAGGAAAUUGUCUUCCCCAGGUCUCAAGCGCCCAAGUUCUACUUGAGGGUCAGCAAAUCUUUGGCAGACGACCUGUCCAGAUAG